AUGGCAGCCAAAGCAGGAGACAACCCCGACAGCCUCAUGACUCUGGCGACAGUAUUCUGCCUGAGGAACCUCCGAAAGACGAUGUGCUAUCAGGGUUUGAGGAAUAAGCUCUGCUUGCGCUCAGACAUCUUUCUCCCCAGUGAAAUCUGUGACAAAUUAGUCAACGUGUACAUGGAGUUGGUCCAUACAGACAGUAACUUUGAGUCAGAGGAAAGCUUCUUCCAACUAUUCUCAGAACCUAGUAGCACCAGACUUACCAGGGUUCAACUGAAAGAAGACUUUGUCCGUGACAGACACUUAGAAGCUAUAAGAAAACAGGACCUAAUUGAGCUUCACCUUACCUACUGCAACAGUCUAUCAUCCCGCAGUUUGAAAACACUGACCUGCUUCCGUGAGACGCUGGUCUCUCUUUGUCUCUUUGGCUGCAGUAACAUAUUCUACAGGAAGGCCGGCUAUGCAGAUACGGAAGAUGACGAGGAAGAUAGCCAUGUUUCUAGGCAGGGAUUAGAGACGGACUUUAACUUUCAGGGGUUUAACCGCCUGCGGUUGCUCAACCUUGGUGGACUACCAGAUGAGGUGCAUGCUGAGACCCUGCUUAAACCCCUGAAGUCGCUCACCUCAUUAGAUCUGUCGAACGUGCAGUUACUGGGAACAGCUUUUCUAACUCAGUGGAAAGAUAGGCUGGCAUCUCUUGUUCUCUACAAUGUGGACCUUACAGAUGAGUUGGCCAAUACUGUGGUGGAACUUGUCAAUCUCAGGCAUCUUGAUAUCUCACGCGAGAGUCGGAGGACCUCCAAAUUUCAGAUGACCAGAAAAAUCCUGACGGCUAUCGUUCAGCGACUGGUCAAUCUUGUUUCACUGGACAUCUCAGGUCACAUCAUGAUUGAGAACUGCACAGUUCCGCACUUAGAAGAAGCUAUGGGCCGACCAAGUAUUGAGCCAUGCAAGAGCAGCAUCUACCCUUUCCAAGAGCUGAAGAGGCCCCUGCAGUUUUUAGGUUUAUAUGACACAACCCUUUGUAAUGUGACGCACAUCCCUGCUUAUAAGGUGACUGGAUCAAAGAAUGAAGACCAAGUCCUGAAUGCUAUUGAAGCUUACACUGAGUUUCGCCCUGAAUUGGCCCACAGAGCCAUCAAUCAAUUGUUUGACAUCGCUAGGAUACAACACUGCGUCCAGCUGCUCCGGGCGUUGCAGCUUGUCAUUGCGGCAUUGAAGUGCCAUAAAUAUGAUAAGAGCAUCCAGGUGACGGGUAGCGCUGCUCUCUUUUACCUGACAAACACAGAUUACCGUAAUGACCAAAGUGUGAGGCUUCGCCAAGAGGUCAUUCGAGUUGUUUUAAAUGGAAUGGAGCAGUACCAGGAGGUCACUGUUCAAAGGAACUGCUGCUUGACUCUGUGCAACUUCAGUAUUCCCGAGGAGCUGGAGUUUCAGUAUAGUCGGGUCAACCAGCUGCUGCUAAAAAUCCUAGAGCCGGCAAGGCAAGAUGAAUCCAUCCAGAGAAUCGCUGUGCAUCUCUGCAAUGCCUUAGUCUGCCAGGUUGACAACCACCAUAAGGAAGCUGUGGGGAAGAUGGGUUUUGUUAAGACAAUGUUGAACUUAAUACAGAAGAAGCUGCAGGAUCGAAUGUGUGACCAGGUGAUGGAGUUUUCUUGGAGUGCUCUGUGGAAUAUUACUGACGAGACUCCAGACAAUUGUCAAAUGUUCCUCAAUUGUCGGGGAAUGAGCCUGUUCUUGGACUGUCUGAAAGAGUUUCCAGAUAAGCAGGAGCUACAUCGCAACAUGCUGGGCCUUCUGGGUAAUGUCGCCGAGGUCAAAGCACUUCGACCGCAGCUUGUCACGCCACAGUUCAUCUCUGUUUUCAGUAACCUACUAGACAGUAAGGCCGAUGGGAUUGAGGUAUCAUACAAUGCAUGUGGCGUACUUUCCCACAUCAUGUUUGAUGGACCAGAACUUUGGGCGAUGGAAGAGCCAUUAAGAGACACCGUGAUGGACAAGAUGUGGGAUGCCAUUCAGAGCUGGGACGUAAGCUCACGUCGCAACAUCAACUACAGGUCAUUCGAACCCAUCUUGCGACUUCUGCCUCAAAGUAUCGCACCUGUUAGUCAACACUGGGCCACGUGGGCGUUGUACAAUCUGGUGUCAGUUUACCCAAGCAAAUACUGUCCCUUGCUGAUUAAAGAAGGAGGAAUUGGACUUCUGGAGAGAGUUUUGGAGUUGGAAAGCUCGCAGCCCGAGACUAAAGACAUGGCCCAGAAAGUGAUGGAGCAGUGUGAAAGCUUCAAAGAUGACCCCAUGGAAACCAACCACGCACAGGAGGUCAACUACGGACAAAGAGGUUGA